GAGGCGCGCGCCCUUGGCGCCAGAGCGGGAGAGGAGCUGGGUGUGAGCGGCCGCGCAGGCAACCGGCACCCGAGUCUCGCAGAGCAAGAGUUCCUGCACGGGGCUUACAGGUCUUACACUGCGAUUCUCCGGCCUCCCGUUAGGGAAAAAGUGUCCCAGCCCCGGCACAGAGGUGGUGGUGGCAUCCUAAGCCCCCAGCAUUUUAAGCCUCUUUCCCUCUCCAAGGAGGAGGGGGAAAGGAGUCGCCUCGACUGCUGGAAGAGGAUCUGAGGAUUUGUUCAUUCGAGGGCUGGGAAGCCUGGAGCCGCACCGGAGAGACGGUAGCACCAGACCCGACGGUGGCCCGGGGCGCGGAGGACGCGUGUGCUGCGCCCGGCCGGGAGGCGCCCGCCGGCUGCACCUGCUUGGAGAGCGAAAGCAUCACUGACAGCCUCUACAGGAUGUGGCCUCUGAAGACCCAACGACCACCCACCCUACCUGUCUGCAAUGGAGAAGGCAGAAAUGGAAAUGCAAACACCAGGGCUUCCAUUCUGUUCCUGAUCGCUCUGUAGACACGCAUCCCCACCGCAGGGCAUGAGCUGCACCAGUGGAGAAAGUUCUCGGGGCCCCCAGACCACUAUCAUCAUUAUGUCUCUGGCCUGGAGAGAAGGCAGGAUCAUGGCAUCUUGUGGCUGCUGUUUGGUCCUCUUGGCCCUUACCUGGCAGGUCUCUGCCUAUGGGCCUGACCAGCGAGCCCAGAAGAAAGGAGACAUUAUCCUUGGUGGGCUCUUCCCUAUUCAUUUUGGAGUAGCAGCCAAAGAUCAAGGUCUAAAAUCAAGGCCAGAGUCUGUGGAAUGUGUCAGGUAUAAUUUCCGUGGGUUUCGCUGGUUACAAGCCAUGAUAUUUGCCAUAGAGGAGAUCAACAGCAGCCCGACCCUUCUUCCUAACAUGACACUGGGAUACAGGAUAUUCGACACGUGCAACACUGUUUCAAAGGCCUUGGAGGCCACCCUGAGUUUUGUUGCCCAGAACAAAAUUGAUUCUUUGAACCUGGAUGAGUUCUGCAACUGCUCAGAACACAUCCCCUCCACUAUCGCUGUGGUGGGAGCAACCGGCUCUGGCGUCUCCACCGCGGUGGCCAAUCUACUGGGGCUCUUCUACAUCCCCCAGGUCAGCUACGCUUCCUCCAGCAGACUCCUCAGCAACAAGAAUCAGUUCAAGUCCUUCCUCCGUACCAUCCCCAAUGAUGAGCACCAGGCCACAGCCAUGGCAGACAUUAUCGAGUAUUUCCGCUGGAACUGGGUAGGUACCAUUGCAGCUGAUGAUGACUACGGCCGGCCGGGCAUUGAGAAGUUCCGAGAGGAAGCUGAGGAGAGGGACAUCUGCAUUGACUUCAGCGAGCUCAUCUCCCAGUACUCUGAUGAGGAAGAGAUCCAGCAUGUGGUGGAGGUGAUCCAGAAUUCCACAGCCAAGGUCAUCGUCGUUUUCUCCAGCGGCCCCGACCUAGAACCCCUCAUCAAGGAGAUCGUCCAGCGCAACAUCACAGGCAGGAUCUGGCUGGCCAGCGAGGCAUGGGCCAGCUCCUCCCUGAUUGCCAUGCCUGAGUACUUCCACGUGGUGGGAGGCACCAUUGGGUUUGCUCUCAAGGCUGGUCAGAUCCCAGGGUUCCGGGAAUUUCUGCAGAAAGUCCAUCCCAGGAAGUCUGCCCACAAUGGUUUUGCCAAGGAGUUUUGGGAAGAAACAUUUAACUGCCACCUCCAAGAAGGUGCUAAAGGACCUUUACCCAUGGACACCUUCCUGAGAGGUCAUGAAGAAGGUGGCAUCAAAUUAAGCAACAGCUCCACUGCCUUCCGACCCCUCUGUACAGGGGAGGAGAACAUCAGCAGUGUUGAGACCCCUUACAUGGAUUACACACAUCUACGGAUAUCCUACAACGUGUACUUAGCGGUCUACUCCAUUGCCCACGCCCUGCAGGACAUAUAUACCUGCUUACCUGGGAGAGGGCUCUUCACCAAUGGCUCCUGUGCAGACAUCAAGAAGGUGGAGGCGUGGCAGGUCCUGAAGCACCUUCGGCAUCUAAACUUUACCAGCAAUAUAGGGGAGCAAGUAACUUUUGACGAGUGUGGUGACCUGGUGGGGAACUAUUCCAUCAUCAACUGGCAUCUCUCCCCAGAGGACGGCUCCAUCAUGUUUAAGGAAAUUGGGAAUUAUAACGUCUAUGCAAAGAAGGGCGAGAGACUUUUCAUCAAUGAGAAGAAGAUCCUGUGGAAUGGCUUCUCCAGGGAGGUCCCUUUCUCCAACUGCAGCCGUGACUGCCUGGCAGGGACCAGGAAAGGGAUCAUUGAAGGGGAGCCCACGUGCUGCUUUGAGUGUGUGGAGUGUCCUGACGGGGAGUACAGCGAUGAGACAGAUGCAAGUGCCUGUGACAAGUGCCCAGAUGACUUCUGGUCAAAUGAGAACCACACUUCCUGCAUUGCCAAGGAGAUCGAGUUUCUGGCGUGGACGGAGCCCUUCGGGAUCGCGCUCACCCUCUUCGCGGUUCUGGGCAUCUUCCUGACAACCUUUGUGCUGGGUGUCUUCAUCAAGUUCCGCAACACCCCCAUCGUCAAGGCCACCAAUCGAGAGCUCUCCUACCUCCUCCUCUUCUCCCUGCUCUGCUGCUUCUCCAGCUCACUGUUCUUCAUCGGUGAGCCCCAGGAUUGGACGUGCCGCCUGCGCCAGCCGGCCUUUGGCAUCAGCUUCGUGCUCUGCAUCUCCUGCAUCCUGGUGAAGACUAACCGUGUCCUGCUGGUGUUUGAGGCCAAGAUCCCCACCAGCUUCCACCGCAAGUGGUGGGGCCUCAACCUGCAGUUCCUGCUGGUUUUCCUGUGCACCUUCAUGCAGAUCGUCAUCUGUGUGAUCUGGCUCUACACCGCACCCCCGUCCAGCUACCGCAACCAUGAGCUGGAGGAUGAGAUCAUCUUCAUCACGUGCCACGAAGGCUCGCUCAUGGCCCUGGGCUUUCUGAUCGGCUACACUUGCCUGCUGGCUGCCAUCUGCUUCUUCUUUGCCUUCAAGUCCCGGAAGCUGCCGGAGAACUUCAACGAAGCCAAGUUCAUCACCUUCAGCAUGCUCAUCUUCUUCAUUGUCUGGAUCUCCUUCAUCCCAGCCUAUGCCAGCACCUACGGGAAGUUCGUCUCGGCUGUGGAGGUGAUCGCCAUUCUGGCAGCCUCCUUUGGCCUGCUGGCCUGCAUCUUCUUCAAUAAGGUCUACAUCAUCCUCUUCAAGCCCUCCCGGAACACCAUCGAGGAGGUGCGCUGCAGCACCGCUGCCCACGCUUUUAAAGUGGCCGCCCGGGCCACGCUGCGCCGCAGCAACGUCUCGCGCAAGCGGUCCAGCAGUCUCGGGGGCUCCACGGGAUCCAUCCCCUCCUCUUCCAUCAGCAGCAAGAGCAACAGCGAAGAUCCCUUCCCACAGCCCGAGAGGCAGAAGCAGCAGCGACCACCGGCUUUGACUGGGCAAGAGCAGCAGCAGCAGCAGCAGCAGCAGCAGCAGGCGGUGACGCUCCAGCCGCAGCAGCCCCAGCAGUCACAGCCUCAGCCCCGAUGCAAGCAGAAGGUCAUCUUUGGCAGUGGCACAGUUACCUUCUCCCUGAGCUUUGAUGAACCACAGAAGAACACCAUGACUCACAGAAAUGCCACCCAUCACAACUCCCUGGAGACCCAGAAAAGCAACGAUGGCCUGACCAGACACCAGGGGCUGCUCCCACUGCAGGGCAGGGACACAGACUCAGACCUGACCACCCAGGAAACAGGCAUGCAAGGGUCGGUGGCAGGAGACCACCAGCCAGAGGUGGAGGACCCGGAAGAGAUGUCCCCGGCAUUCGUGGUGUCUAAGUCACAGGGCUUUGUUAUCAGUGGGGGAGGCAGCGCUGUCACAGAAAACAUACUGCAUACAUAAAAUAAGAGGCAGCCUUCUGGGAAGAAUCUAGAGAGAGCUGUUGGAAGCAUAGGGAGGAGGAGUCACUGCAGAUUCCUCUCUUCGAAGGAGAAAAGGAUAAUAGACAUAUUAAGUGCCCCAGACUUAGUUGCACUGCUUUAACUAUGAACUGACUAAUGUUCUCCUUCAAAUAAAAAAAAAAAAAAGAAGAAGAGCCAUGUAUUUCUGUGGUUGCCAGAGCUUUGUGUCAUGGUUAGAUUUGCUAUAAUCCACACCCAAAAUCUCUUCCACUGUUCUGUCCCACCUUGCAGAUGAAACCAAGGCUGUAAGUGUCUACCUGCUCCCUCUUCUUUAAGCAUGUGCAUAUGUACACACAUAUAUAUAAUAUAUAUAUAUAUAUACAAAAUGCCCACCCAGCAAAUCACAGACACCUAUGGUCUGAAUCAUGGCCCAGAGGCGCAAGUGUGCAGGAGAAAAGGACAUCAGGUUUCUGUCACCAGGGCUGCCCAACAUCUUCACGGUGGAAGGAAUUUUAAAUGUUCAAAAACAUCAGGGAUGUGCAUCCUAUUUAUGAAAACCAUAAGCUAUUUGAUCUCAGUCUUCUCCUUGCUGCUGCUGUCCUGAGGACAUCUAGCAAGUCUGCGUCCGUCCCGUAGCAAUAGUAUGCCUGGUUUUGUCCAAGAUGUGAUAGUGAUGCUAUGUUCAGACUCCAGGAUUGCAAGAAUCACCUCAAAUUGUUGGGAAGGGAAUCCAAUGAGCUGUAUCUAUAAUUCAUAUUGUUCUGUAUAGCUCUAUCCUUAAGAAAUGCUUCUGUUGUAAUGGUCCAUGGACAAUAUAAGCUGAAAAAUGUCACCGUCUGUUUUCUAUGGGGCAGUGUUAUUGAGCCCCGUUUUCCUUCCCAUCCACCUCUUCACCCCCUCCCCCAUGAGCAGAGCCCUUGUGACCCCUCUGUCAGUCUCAGAGGCCCGGAAGCUCCCUCCAUCCUUGCCCCAAAGGCUUUCUGAAGCCAGAUCCACACCUGACCCUAAGGAGAAUAAGCUCCCAGUGCUUGGUCCCCUAAUCUUUGCCAGGGUAAGAAAGUGUAACGCCACUGCUCCAGCAGGGGACACAGAGGUGUUCAGUGGCCACCUUACUGCUGAGCACUCAGACUCUGCAGCCAGAGAGACCAGGGUCCAGUCCUUGGCUUGGUCACUUGCAAACUGGGUGACCCUAGGGGGAAAACAUAAUCUCUCUAAGCCCCAGAUUCUUUGCCUUUAAAAUGGAAGUAAUAAUGACCCUUUCCCUGUGAGCUCUUACCAGAUUAA